AUGUACCAAUGUCGAAGCCAUUGGCUGCGCUUCUCGCGCCUCUUGGCUGCUGGACUGUCGUAUAGAUUCAUUCUCUGGCUGCUGUCUCCAGGCCAGACAUUGCUCGAAUACGGCCAGAGCAUAGCAGAGCAGUCUCGCGGAUGCCAGAUCUGGAUCUCGCAAUGCUGUCGACACGAGUGUCAGAACAAGCUCACCGCCGCGAGGAAAGAUGGCAAGAGGUUACGGCUCACUCUCCUCCUCUUCCUUUUCAUCACCUCACAGACAACCGACAUCGCGUCCCAAGCCACAAUUCUGCGGUCUUCUAUGCCAUCAUCGCGCAAAUUCCUCGUACCUGACGCAAGAAGACGCGCUCCCAGCUUCAUCAGAUAUUGCCAAGUCGAGCGUCGGCAUGCCACAUCAGGCCACUCAUCCUUGCCGCGGUACAAGAAGUCGAUCCGCUGCAGGAUCAUGUUGGAGUUGGGUCGCUGCCAUUCUCCCCUUUGCCGUCGCGGCGCUUGCCGCUGUCUCUCGUCGCCAACAAGCCGUCCAAAGCCCGUCCCGACCACUAUUGCCGUGUACACAACCGUGACCAUCACUGUGGCACCCGUCAAGACUGCCUGCCCUUCCCCGGCCGUCUACACUCACCCCGCGGCCCCAGCUGCUCCAGCUGAGACCAAGCCAGCCGAUGCGAUCCAGCAAAUUGGUGACGGCCAGAUUCAGAACCCAGCAUCCCCAGGCGCUGCCUCUCUCGCCAAGCCAGCUGCAUACCCAGCAAAGCCAACCAACGGCACCGGCUACGCGAAGCCGACCUCCCCAGCUACGCCAGAAACCUACACCGGCGCCGCCAGCAAGGCCUCGAUCGUCAGCUUCGGCGCUGCCUUCUAG